GGGCGUUCCCGGCGUGCAGUGCGGGAGCCUGCGCCUGGGUGGGAGAGGCUGGGGACGGACGGAGAGGCGCGAGGCGCAGUGGCCGAGGCGCGCCUGUGCUGGCGGCUUGGGCGAGCUAGAACAUGAGUGUGGCUCCGGAGGUGUCGCUUGCUCGGCCGCCCUUCCUGCGGUGUUCCUAAGCCAACCGCUGGUGGGUCCGAUCCCAGUUACUAGGAAUUGAACUAAAUUCAUACCCAGGCCAUACCCCCAGUGACCCACCUCUCUGAACCAAAUCCAACCUCCUAACAGCAAGUCAGCCAUAAAGUCAUCAGCGUCAUCAGUGGACUAACAUACUGAUAAUUAUCAUGCCCCCAUGAUCCAAUCACCUCUCCGAUGUGAAGGCAUCUAGAUAAAAAGCUAGGAAACUUAAACUUAAAACUAUAACAACUCCUAAGUUCUCAUAAACACUCCGGUGCUGUUUAUAAACCUAGUUUAUGUCCAUAAGUACUUAAAGAAAAGAUGGCUGAUAUUAACUUUAAAGAAGUAACCUUAAUAGUAGGCGUGGUUACUGCCUGCUACUGGAACAGCCUGUUCUGUGGUUUUGUUUUUGAUGAUGUUUCAGCAAUACUGGAUAAUAAAGAUCUGCAUCCAUCUACACCUUUACAAACUUUAUUUCAGAAUGAUUUCUGGGGAACUCCUAUGUCUGAGGAGAGAAGCCACAAGUCCUACCGACCUUUAACAGUAUUGACAUUUCGCUUAAAUUAUAUGUUUAGUGAACUGAAACCAAUGUCAUAUCAUCUCCUAAAUAUGAUUUUCCAUGCUAUGGUUAGUGUGGUAUUUCUUAAAGUCUGCAAACUUUUUCUGGACAACAAGAGUGGUGUGAUUGCUGCUCUGCUUUUUGCAGUGCAUCCAAUACAUACAGAAGCAGUAACAGGUGUUGUAGGAAGAGCAGAACUUCUGUCGUCUAUCUUUUUUCUAGCUGCAUUUUUGUCAUAUACAAAGUCAAAAGGACCAGAUAAUUCCAUAGUGUGGACUCCAAUUGCAUUGACAGUAUUUUUAGUGGCUGUUGCAACACUGUGUAAAGAACAAGGCAUAACAGUAGUGGGAAUAUGUUGUGUAUAUGAAGUGUUCAUCGCCCAGGGGUAUACUUUGCCAUUAUUAUGUACUACUGCUGGACAGUUUCUCCGUGGGAAGAGUAGUAUUCCGUUUUCUCUGCUGCAGACACUAAUAAAACUCAUUGUCUUGAUGUUCAGUACAUUAUUGCUUGUGGUAAUUAGAGUUCAGGUUAUUCAAUCCCAGCUUCCAGUAUUUACAAGGUUUGAUAACCCAGCUGCUGUAAGUCCAACUCCUACAAGGCAGCUAACAUUUAACUACCUCCUUCCUGUGAAUGCUUGGCUUCUAUUAAAUCCUUCAGAGCUCUGCUGUGAUUGGACAAUGGGAACAAUACCACUCAUAGAGUCAUUUCUAGAUAUUCGAAAUCUUGCCACUUUUGCUUUCUUUUGCUUUCUGGGGGUUUUGGGAAUAUUCAGUCUCCGAUACCCUGGUGAUUCUUCCAAGACUGUGUUAAUGGCACUUUGUUUAAUAGCAUUACCAUUUAUUCCUGCAUCGAACCUUUUUUUUCCUGUUGGAUUUGUUGUUGCUGAGCGAGUACUAUAUGUUCCUAGCAUGGGAUUCUGUAUUUUGGUAGCCCAUGGAUGGCAGAAAAUUUCAAAGAAAAGUGUAUUUAAAAAGCUAUCCUGGGCCUGUCUCUCAGUGGUGAUACUUACUCAUGCCUUAAAAACACUUCACAGAAAUUGGGAUUGGGAGUCUGAAUAUACAUUAUUUAUGUCAGCCUUGAAGGUAAAUAAAAAUAAUGCCAAAUUAUGGAAUAAUGUUGGUCAUGCUUUGGAAAAUGAAAAGAACUUUGAGAGAGCUUUGAAAUACUUCUUGCAGGCUACCCACGUUCAGCCAGAUGAUAUUGGUGCCCACAUGAAUGUAGGAAGAACUUACAAAAACUUAAAUAGAACCAGAGAAGCUGAAGAAUCUUACAUGAUGGCUAAGUCACUGAUGCCUCAAAUUAUUCCUGGUAAAAAAUAUGCAGCCAGAAUUGCUCCUAACCACCUAAAUGUGUAUAUCAACCUGGCCAACCUGAUCCGAGCAAAUGAGUCCCGACUAGAAGAAGCAGAUCAGCUGUACCGACAAGCAAUAAGCAUGAGGCCUGACUUCAAGCAGGCUUACAUUAGCAGGGGAGAAUUGCUCUUAAAAAUGAAUAAACCUCUCAAAGCAAAGGAAGCAUAUCUUAAAGCACUAGAGUUGGACAGAAAUAAUGCAGAUCUUUGGUACAACUUGGCAAUUGUGUAUAUUGAACUUAAAGAGCCAAAUGAAGCCCUAAAAAACUUUAAUCAUGCUUUAGAACUAAAUCCAAGGCAUAAGCUAGCAUUAUUUAAUUCUGCUAUAUUAAUGCAGGAAUCAGGUGAAGUUAAACUCAGACCUGAAGCUAGAAAACGACUUUUGAACUAUGUAAAUGAAGAGCCACUAGAUGCUAAUGGUUAUUUCAAUUUGGGAAUGCUUGCCAUGGAUGAUAAAAAGGACACUGAGGCAGAGAUUUGGAUGAAAAAAGCCAUUAAAUUACAAGCUGACUUCAGGAGCGCUUUGUUUAAUCUGGCUCUCCUCUAUUCUCAGACUGCAAAGGAGUUAAAGGCUCUGCCAAUUUUAGAAGAGUUACUCAAAUACUACCCUGAUCAUAUCAAGGGUCUCAUUUUAAAAGGAGACAUUCUGAUGAAUCAAAAGAAAGAUAUACUUGGAGCAAAAAAAUGUUUCGAAAAAAUCUUAGAGAUGGAUCCAACCAACGUGCAAGGGAAACACAAUCUUUGUGUGGUUUAUUUUGAAGAGAAGGACUUACUAAAAGCAGAAAGAUGUCUGGUUGAAACACUGGCAUUAGCACCACAUGAAGAAUAUAUUCAGCGCCAUUUGAGUAUAGUCAGGGAUAAAAUCUCCUCAUCGGGUUUUGUAGAACAGCCAGGACUCCCAGCUGGUAAGAGUACAGGUGGAGAAGGAGGAGACAGAAUUCCAACUAAAAAUGAAAAAGAAAUCAGAAGUGAGUCUAGGCCAACACAGGUAACAAAAACAAGUGAUGAUCAAAGUCAGUCGAAACCCAACGAACAGUUAGAGGAAAAUACACACAAAGAGACGCCUCCGAAAACAAAAGACAUCAAAGAAAUUGAGAAGAAAAGAGUUGCUGCUUUAAAAAGACUAGAAGAGAUUGAACGUAUUUUAAAUGGAGAAUAACAUUAUUCUUUAUCAUGUGACAAUGAUAUCAAAGGACUUUAGUCUUUGUCAUGUGAUUUUUUUGUACUGGGAGCUUUGAAAAAUACGGAUCUGUAACUCUUAGGAGAUGCCUCUACAUGGGAUGAAAGUAAGAUUUUCCGUUUAAGACCUAUCUUACCCUAGGAUAUGUAUUACACAAGAUAUGGCAGAAGUUUUUAAUUUUGGUGAACAUGGAAGAAAUAUUAAAUUGCAGGUGACAAAUUUGCGACUUCUGUUACAUAAGGAAGAAUUUCUUGGCAGGAUAAUGUUUACUACUCUAAAAUAAUUUGAGGCUGACUGGUGAUCCCUGGAGGAGAAAUCCAACGUAUGCUGUUUUAUUCUGUGAAUUCUCAUUUAUUAACCUACUUCAUUUUCCUCUUACCUCUUGGAACCUGGUGAUGGGUUGAAAACACCUACUGACACUUUCUCUUCAGCAAUUCUUCUGUUAAACCAAGAGAUUUUGCACUACAAAAGCAUACUGGCUUCUUUAUGUUACGUUCUUCGAUUUAUAGAAGGAAUGCUGGGUAAAUGUUUUAAAAUGAAUCAUGUAACAUGUUAGUUUAAGAAUGUAUUUUCAUAAUUGCAUAUUUGUCCUUAAUUUAAUUCCAAAAUGCAGUUUUUAACAAGGUAAGGUGUGUACACACACAUAUAUACAUGCAUAUACACAUACCUGAUGGUGCUCAUGAAUAGUGUAGUUUUCUUUUUCACAUCAAGUGUCACAACAUGAACUAUAUAAUCAUGACUUUUCUUUGACUUUUACUCCCACAUUGUUGUUCCGUAGGGGUGUAGUCAUAUAUUUAGAAGUCUCAGUAACUUUAAACUUUUAAGUAAUAAUACUAAGCUUCUCUUUCAUCUUAGUGUUGACUCUCUGAUUUUAAUUUUAAUUUUGUGUCCAAAGUCAUAUCUUAAUCAUUCUUAGAUACCUUAAGCCACUAAAGCCACUUCUGUUUAACUGAAGGCAAAACAAUGUGACAGUUUAUUUUUAACACUAAAUUCUUAAUAUCUUCUUGUGGUAUAUAUUUUUAUUAAAUACUAUUUAUUUUGACUACUGAACUUUCAUAAAAAUUUAAAGCUGUUUUAAUUCUGUAAAAUAUGGAAAACUAAUUGCUAGUGCAUUUGCCUAUAUGUACUAUAUAUAUUAAUGGUUUAAGAAAAAUUAUGUCAGUUUUGGCCUUUCUCCAGUUAUAAAAAUAGUAACCUAAUAUCAGAUUAAUAAGUUUGUCAUUCAGUUUUGGCAAUUUUAAAUCUGGAAAAUACAUUAGGUUAAGAGUAGAUGUAAAUCAAAUUUAUUAAAUGUGAUUUUUUUUAUUGAGUUAGAGCUAUUUCAGAUGAGUUUUAUAAUAAUAAAGUUGAGUUAGUUUAAAAUGUGAAAGCUCAAGCUAUCAUUCUGGGGUAGUAAUUCCUAAUUAUGCAGUAUUUCAAAAACUACUUUUUAGUUCCUUUGAGAGAACUCAUUUCUAAUUAUAUGUGUCUCAGAAACUGUAUUCCUGUGAUUUUUUAAAGAAAUGUUUUAUAAAUAGGUCAUAAGAAACAUGGUCUGCCUUAAAGACCUAGGUUUAUUGAGUUCCCAGAGGAUAUGGCAUAGAUUUUUCUUUUUCUUUCUUUCUCUUUUUUUUAAAGGCAAUUUAAAGAAAGCACUGAUACCAGGGGUUUUAAUUCCUGACCCAAGAGAUUCUGUUAAACAUCAGAAUCUAGUUUCAUUUCUUAGAUUAUGGUUUUGUGACUGCGUAUAUAAGGUGGAGAAUACCUCAUAUACUGUGACUUGAAAAUUUAAAUUAUGUUCUUUUAUUUUCUCCAUAUAUCCUGAGGAAAAGAUUCUUGUGUGUGAUCUCAUUGGGUACAGUUUCAAGUGAAGGACAAGUCAGGAAAGUAAUAGGAAAUCUUUUAUGACAUCAGACUAUAAUAAAAGUUUGAGUUGCAUUUUAAUAAAUUGUUAUGUGUAUUCACAUGAUAAAAGGUAUAAAUGUUAUCCAAUGAUUUCUAAUGGAAAAUUCUUACUAGCACUUAGUAUCUAUCACAUAGGAAAUAUAUUUUUGAAUUUUAAAUAAUUUAUUUAAAUCAGAUCCAUCCCAAGUCAUUAUUAUUCAAAUCAAAGUCUCAAUAUAGACAUCACACCAGUUAAAUACGAAGUUCUAGGAGAUGGAGCCAGGCUUUAAAGUCUUCCCUAUACUUCUUUCUGAUUCUAAUUUGUUAUUAGUGUUAAGGACUGCUGCUCUCCAUUAGUUCAGUAAAAUCUAUGUCUCUUACGUUAAUUUGUUAAAUUAGCAAUAUAACCCAAUUGAAUUUUGAUGGUUUAAGUUUCAUGAAGGAGCACAUUCUGAUAACCAAUAUUCCUUGAAGGAAGAUCUCUAAGUUGCCUAUGUGUAAGAUUACAGUUUCUCAUCUAUGAAUUCAAAAUAACUCUAUUCAAAUUGUUCAGGUAAGGAAAGGUAAUGGACUUUUUUUCCUCUAGAGCUUCCUUUGUGAAGAGAUAAUGGGGACAGGUAAGCCCAUGCACUAAGCCAUGGUUUGGGAGUUGUAGAUAUCUGUUAAAUUUGGCAAAGAAACCCUGUCACAGGUUUGUGUCCUGGUAAAUGGGUGCAGUUAAUUUCUCACAAUUUUGCAAAAUUCUCUGCUCCCCAGGAGUUCUAUCAAAGCUUUGACAAUCCCUAAGGAGCAGUGUCAUUCUUUUCCUUCACUACUUCCCAGAAGGGAAAGUGAAGUUUCUCAAGUUGCUCCUGUGUGUGUUUCCUUAUGAACAUUUGGAAAUGGGAAUUUAAAAUUAUUCCAGUAAGUAGUACUCAAGUUGAUGUGGAGAAUAAAAUAAUUAAAUAUGUAAUUUUGUUUUGCAAUUUUGUUUACUAUUCUGUAAAUAUGUGAUAAGUACAUGAAUCUAAUAAAAUUUCAUGUCUUUUCAUCUAAUUUGCGCUCUCAACUUCAUACUAUAGAACGCUUCUUUAAAGAUGCUUUAAUUAAAAAUAUUAAGAAAAUAUAUAGAUUUGUAUGUCAAUUUAUACUUCAGAAAUUCAUAUAUUUGUCAGAUUUAUUUUUUUAAAAGCCUCCUAAUUGCAUGAUUUAAAUGGCAUUCAAAAUGAACUCCCUCAAAAUAUCUGAUAACUUUGUCCAAAAUUUUAUGUGUUGGAAGCUGUUAGCCAUCCGUGUUGAGUUCAUAAGAAAGUUGUUUAAAAAUUGUAUGCAUUUUAUAUUGCUGUGGUGUCUGUGUGUACCAUAUUUGGAAAUAUUCAGUAUUAAAUUGAUAUUUCUUAAAA